UGGGCCCCAGCCCAGCAUACCUCCUACUCCUCCCACCCGGGGCUGGGGUGAGGUGGGCACCACCACCCAGGAAUUUCUCCCAAGGGAGGCAGCAGCAGAGGGGGCAAGAGUUGGAGACGUGGUGGCUUCUUCUGGUCUCCCGAGUAAACCCCACUGGCUAGCGCCGCUCUCCCGAGUAAACCCCACUGGCUAGCGCCGCCAAGCCACCUGGACGGGGCUGUCGCGGGCCUGCUCUAUGGAAUGUCCCACUGGGGUGUGAGGGACUUCAGCACCACUCGGAAGGCGUCGGCUAGCCUCAGGGUCUGGCUGGCAGCCCGAGGCUCACACCCAGCACCGCCCAGGAAGGCGGGACGAGUGUCCGCCCAGAAAUGCUGCCGCCGCCACCUUAGGCCCCCCUGGGAUCAGGCGCUAUGGGGCCUUGGGCCCUCACAUCUCUCCUCUUGGUGCUCCUGGGGGUGACUGGAGACGCUGACAUGAAGGGGCACUUUGACCCCGCCAAGUGCCGCUAUGCCCUGGGCAUGCAGGACCGGACUAUCCCUGAUGGUGACAUCUCAGCCUCCAGCUCCUGGUCAGACUCCACCGCUGCCCGCCACAGCAGGCUGGAGAGCAGUGACGGCGAUGGGGCAUGGUGCCCCGCCCAGCCGGUGUUUCCCAAGGAGGAGGAGUACUUGCAGGUGGAUCUCCAACGGCUGCACCUGAUCGCUCUUGUGGGCACCCAGGGGCGACACGCUGGGGGUCUGGGCAAGGAGUUCUCCCCCAGCUACCGGCUGCGUUACUCACGAGACGGCCACCGCUGGAUGGACUGGAGGGAUCGCUGGGGCCAGGAGGUGAUCUCGGGGAACGAGGAUCCCGGAGGUGUGGUACUGAAGGACCUGGGCCCCCCGAUGGUGGCCCGACUGGUUCGCUUCUAUCCCCGGGCUGACCGGGUCAUGAGCGUCUGCCUGCGGGUGGAGCUGUAUGGCUGUCUCUGGAGCGACGGGCUCCUGUCUUACACAGCCCCUGUGGGGCAGACCAUGUACCUCUCUGAGGCCGUGUACUUCAACGAUUCCACCUACGAUGGACACACCGUCGGCGGGCUGCAGUACGGGGGACUGGGCCAGCUGGCGGACGGCGUGGUGGGGCUGGAUGAUUUUCGGAAGAGCCAGGAGCUGCGUGUCUGGCCAGGCUAUGAUUUUGUGGGCUGGAACAACCACAGCUUCCCCAGCGGCUCUGUGGAGAUGGAAUUUGAGUUCGACAGACUGAGGGCCUUCCAGGCCAUGCAGGUCCACUGCAACAACAUGCACACGCUGGGCGCCCGUCUGCCUGGCGGGGUGGAGUGUCGCUUCAAGCGGGGCCCAGCCAUGGCCUGGGAGGGGGAACCCGUGCGCCAUGCCCUGGGCGGCAGCCUGGGGGACCCCAGGGCCCGGGCCGUCUUGAUACCCCUGGGUGGCCGCGUGGGCCGCUUUCUGCAGUGCUGCUUCUUCUUCGCGGGGCCCUGGCUGCUCGUUAGUGAGAUCACUUUCACUUCAGAUGUUGUGAAUGACUCAUCCCCAGCUCUGGGAGGCACCUACCCACCCGCUCCCUGGUGGCCCCCGGGCCCACCGCCCACCAACUUCAGCAGCCUCGAGCUGGAGCCCAGGGGCCAGCAGCCCGUGGCCAAGGCGGAGGGGAGCCCGACGGCCAUCCUCAUCGGCUGCCUGGUGGCCAUCAUCCUGUUGCUGCUGCUCAUCAUCGCCCUCAUGCUCUGGCGGCUACACUGGCGCAGGCUUCUCAGCAAGGCGGAGCGCCGGGUGUUGGAAGAGGAGCUGACGGUUCAUCUCUCCGUCCCUGGGGACACCAUCCUCAUCAACAACCGCCCAGGCUCCCGAGAGCCACCUCCUUACCAGGAGCCUCGGCCUCGUGGGAAUCCACCCCACUCUGCCCCCGCUGGCUCUGCGCUGCUGCUCUCCAAUCCGGCUUACCGCCUCCUUCUGGCCACUUACGCCCGUCCCCCUCGAGGCCCGGGCCCCCCCACACCCGCCUGGGCCAAACCCACCAACACCCAGGCCUGCAGCGGGGACUACAUGGAGCCGGAGAAGCCGUGCGCCCCGCUUCUGCCCCCGCCUCCCCAGAACAGCGUCCCCCAUUAUGCCGAAGCGGACAUUGUCACACUGCAGGGCGUCACUGGGGGCAACACUUACGCUGUGCCUGCACUGCCCCCGGGGGCAGCUGGGGAAGGGCCCCCCAGAGUGGAUUUCCCCAGGUCUCGCCUCCGUUUCAAGGAGAAGCUCGGCGAGGGCCAGUUUGGGGAGGUGCACCUGUGCGAGGUCGAGAGCCCUCAAGAUCUGGUCAGCCUGGAUUUCCCCCUGAAUGUGCGCAAGGACCACCCCUUGCUGGUGGCUGUCAAAAUCCUGCGGCCAGAUGCCACUAAGAAUGCCAGGAACGAUUUUCUGAAGGAGGUGAAGAUCAUGUCACGGCUGAAGGACCCCAACAUCGUCCGGCUCCUGGGAGUGUGCGUGCAAGACGACCCUCUCUGUAUGAUCACGGACUACAUGGAGAACGGUGACCUGAACCAGUUCCUCAGUACCCGCCACCUGGAGGACAAGGCAGCCGCGGGGGCUGCCCAGGGGCCCACCAUCAGCUACCCGAUGCUGCUGCACGUGGCGGCCCAGAUUGCCUCGGGCAUGUGCUACCUGGCCACACUCAACUUUGUGCAUCGGGACCUGGCCACGAGGAACUGCCUCGUUGGGGAGAACUUCACUAUCAAAAUCGCUGACUUCGGCAUGAGCCGGAACCUCUAUGCCGGGGACUAUUACCGUGUGCAGGGCCGGGCGGUGCUGCCCAUCCGGUGGAUGGCCUGGGAGUGCAUCCUCAUGGGGAAGUUCACGACCGCAAGUGACGUGUGGGCCUUCGGGGUCACCCUGUGGGAGGUGCUGAUGCUCUGCCGGGCACAGCCCUUUGGGCAGCUCACUGACGAGCAAGUCAUCGAAAACGCCGGGGAGUUCUUCCGGGAUCAAGGCCGGCAGGUAUACCUGUCCCGGCCCCCUGCCUGCCCGCAGGGCCUGUACGAGCUAAUGCUGGGGUGCUGGAGCCGGGAGCCCGAGCAACGGCCUCCCUUUGCCCAGCUGCACCGAUUCCUGGCGGAGGACGCGCUCAACGCGGUGUGAAUCCGGCGUCAAGCCGCCUCACCCUCAGGGAGGAUUCAGGGGAAACACAGAUGAGGACACUCCUGCCCCCACCCCCUCCCUGCACCUCUCAAUCCUGUGGCUGCUGGUGGGCUGGCCUGCCCAAGGAGCAGCGUCCCCCGGCAGACACACUUCCUUCCCGUUCCAACCCCAUCUCCACUCCUAGACGCCCCAGACGGCCACCCACCCAGCUGGCCCUGUGGAUGGGAUCCUCUCUGACCUCUUCCAGCUCCCCCUCCGGGGAGCGUGGGAGCAAACACAGGGCAGACACUGGACAUGGCCCGAGGGGGCACCGGGGCCCCACUGGAUAACACUGGUUCUUGGAGAGAUGGCUCUGGCCCGCCCCUCCAGCCUCUCUCUUUCCUGUCACGCACUGGACUUCACUGGCUGAGGAUGGGGGCAGGGAUGAGGAGGACCAGAAGGGGACAGCCAUGCCCCGGUGCCCACUACAGCUCUAUCUUCUCCAUCCUCCAUCCCUGGAAACACUGGACCUGGGGUGACUGAAGCCCUGACCCAUUCCCCCCCACUUUCCUCCUGCCAUGUUGUAGCGAGACCUUCUCUAUGUCUGUACAGUUCUUUGGAAGAAAUACUAGGAGGAAUAAAAGUUAGGGGGCAAAGAGCGAGCAAUGGCCUGUGGCCCUGGGUUUGGACAUCUCUAUUGUAGCUGCCACAUUGGUUUUUCUAUAAUCACUUAUAGGAGGGUUUGUACAUUUUUUGGGGGAGAGACACAGAUUUUUACACUAAUAUAUGGAUUUAGCUGGAGUCAAUUUUAAUCCCCUGCUCUAGGCAGGUAAUAAUAAAGGUUUGAGUUUUCCACA